CGCCCGACCACGCGACAGAUACAGCACCAUUCCGUUCCGGUGCCGGCGAGGCAACGACGGAGCGCGAGAGAUGUCAUUCCUCUUCCGGAUGGCUUCGCGGAUGCGGCCGUCGACGCCGGAGGAGGUGGUCCGCUCCAUCAAGGACUCUUUCCUCGCCCUCCCCACCAAGACCGGCGCCAGGGCUCACGAAGAGGUUGAGAAGAACAUCUCAUCCUUGCGGCAACUGCUCUCUGGUGAUGGAGAAACAGAACCAAAUCAAGAACAAGUCCUGCAAAUAUCCCUUGAAAUUUGCAACGAGGACUUGCUUUCCCUCUUUGUUCAGAAUCUGCCUUCGUUGGGCUGGGGAGUAAGAAAGGAUCUGGUUAACUGCUGGUGCAUUUUGCUUGGGCAGAAGGCUGAUGAAAAGUAUUUCUGUGUGAAAUAUAUGGAAGAACAUGUGGAGCUCUUAUAUUUCCUAGUUGGUUGCUACAAGAACUUGGACGUUGCAUUGAACAGUGGGAAUAUGCUGAGAGAAUGCAUAAAAUAUCCAACCCUUGCAAAAUAUAUAUUGGAAUCCGAUAGCUUUGAGUUAUUUUUCGAGUAUGUUGAGCUGCCGAAUUUCGACAUUGCUUCUGAUGCUCUAAGCACUUUCAAGGAUUUGCUUACCAAACAUGAAACUGUUGUCGCUGAGUUCUUGGGCUCCCAUUAUGAGCAGUUCUUUGAACUCUACACAAGGAUCUUAAAAUCAAGUAAUUAUGUAACAAGGCGCCAGGCAGUGAAGUUCCUUUCAGAAUUUCUGUUGGAGGCUUCAAACUCUAAGAUAAUGAAGCGAUAUAUUCAGGAAGUUCGUUUCCUGAAUAUUAUGAUUGGUCUACUGAAGGAUUCAAGCAAAAAUAUCAGAAUAUGUGCAUUCCACGUUUUUAAGGUAUUUGUUGCCAAUCCGAACAAGCCUCGCGGUAUUGUUGAAGCUUUGCGAGAAAAUCGCAGAGAGUUGUUGAAACUACUCCACAAUCUUCCUGCAAGUAAAGGUGAAGAUGAACUUGACGAGGAGCGAGACCUUAUCAUUCAGGCAAUUGAGAAGCUGUAAUGCCGAUCCACUAUCAGUUGAUGCCCUUUGACUCGUCGAACAAGUGUGCUAUUUUGCAUGAAUUUUCGUGCUUGUCAACCAACCUAUCAGAACCGACAAGGUCGCAUAUAUAUUGCUGUAAGCUUCUGAGAGCUGUGUCUUUCUGCAGGAUUAUGCAGUCCGUCCAACGAGAGUAACAACUAGAUGCAGCAUAGUACUCUAUGUUCUAACUAUAGCGAGGUGAAUUUGUAGCUAGUUUUGGGGGCAGGCGAACUGUUACUUUGUUAUGUGAUGUGACUUUGCUUUCUGAUGAUGUCCCAAGUUAUAUAUUCCAUUAGCAAGAAAGAAAAA